AGCAUUUAGUGGUCAUCUCCGUUUCUGUUUGUUCCUCGCCAAUUUGUGGUAGUUGGCAACCGUCUGCAUUGAAUCCGCCGUAGUCAACACGAGAUGCAGCUGCUCACGCUGGAAAUCAUUGAUUCUUCCCGCUUUGUGGGAGGCACGCGUAUGUAGGUGAAAGACAUCUAGCGAAGCAACUCCACGAGUAUUCGGUGGCCCAGCGCAAGUGACGGUGCGGCCUACAGAGACGAACAUCCGGCCCACGCACCGACUGUCCUUCCAUCUGAGUUGACGUUUUGAGCCAUGCUGCAAAACUGCACGCAGUAGUGAGGAGAAUGGUAUCCACGUCAUCUUGUUUUUCCGCGUGUAUUUCAGAAGAUUCUCGCGAGAACUGUGGAUGCCCUUGUCACAUGUGAACGGUUGUUUUGUGUGUUACACAUCUGCAACAUGGAAAACUGUGCGUCGGUCAGAUCAUCGUCGUGUCUUAUCUGGCUAGCUGCCGCAUUCUUUGUUUCGGCACUUGGCCACGUACAGCAAGGCGCUGGCGUUGUGCGGCCUCGCCACUGGCAGAACUCGGAAGCCGCUGUUAGUGUCCGGCCGCCGGGAGGCGCGUCCCCUAGACCUUUCCACAGCCCAAUUGAGCCAGUAGCAUUUAUUGAUGGGGAGCACGUUGAAGACAAGCAUGGAGGCUCAUGGCUGGAGCAGGAAGCGGCCGAGGAAGUGACCCCCUUAUUGAACAGCCACACAGAGACCCCGACACAGUCCCCCAGUGCUUUUAGAAGGUUACUCAGGCGUUUGCGUUUUUGGCGACGUGGGAGGACAGGCGGAUCAGAUGGCGGAGGAGAACCACCGCAGACGCCUCGCCCUUCCCUACCGACCCGACUGUUUCAGCAUUUGCGGCGUGCGGCAGCAGCAAUUCCCGCGGCGGCAUCUAGAUUCUUUGGGAGAUUUCGACGAGGCCGACUACCUGUAUUCCCUCCCGACGAGUUUCCGGAGGAUGUCGACACGAACCCUAUUUAUUUCCGUGGUACGGAUCCUGGAGACGUUGUCAUUGAGGAGCUGUUCAAUCGUAUACCGCAAGCAAACGUACGGACUACAAGUGAAUACAUGCAGUCCGCAGCUGACAGUCUAGUGUCCACAUCGUUGUGGAAUACUGGACAGCCCUUCCGCGUAGAGUCGGAGCUUGGCGAGCGUCCAAGGACGCUAGUCAGGGGCACAGUGCUCGGCCAGGAAGACCCUUAUGCAUAUCUCGAGGCGACCGACCAGGAGACAGGAGAAUCAUUUGAGGUGCACGUUCCAUAUUUCACGGAACGGCCGCCUUCCAACGCGAUCAAGCAGAUGAAGGAGGAGGUGCUGCGCCUACGCUUGCUACGAGGCAUCAAAAACCAGAAGCAAGCCAAGGUGCAUCUCAGAUUUAUAUUCCCCUUCGAUUUGGUGAAGGACCCACAGAAAAAGAAGAUGAUCCGGGUUCGCUUAGAUGAGAGGGAUAUGUGGGUCUUGAGCAGAUUCUUUCUGUAUCCCCGAAUGCAGAGUAACCUUCAGACGUUUGGAGAAGUCCUACUGAGUCAUUCCUCAACACACAAGUCCCUCGUGCACCACGCUCGGUUGCAGCUCACGCUUCAGGUCAUAAGGCUGCUUGCGAGUCUCCAUCACUAUGGCCUUGUGCAUACCUAUUUGAGGCCCGUCGACAUCGUCUUGGACCAGCGUGGUGGCGUGUUUUUGACCGGCUUUGAACAUCUGGUGCGAG